CACUGUUAAGUCGUCCAUUGUGAAUGUGAGAGCUAUUAAGGUAAACGUAAACUCCAGACUUAAGGACUUCAACAUGGGAACUAAAAGAAAGAAUAUCGAGGAUGAAUUAUCAAGAUUUGAGGCGGAAAUAUCCAAACCAGCCACUACCACCAGAAAUCUCUUUGUACCCAACCAAGUGAGGCCCAUAAUCGCAGCGAAUACUUACAACCAGCAAAAGAUACAACAGGAACAACUGCCUCCAAUAGUAGCAACAGCUACAGUGGCGGCACCCGCAGUUGUUGCCCCUCCUAGGAUAUCUACAGUUCCUCCACCGCCAAUACCUCCGCCCACGUUUAUGCCGACAUUUGUACCCACACAAAUAACAAAAUCAGCGGCACCUGCAGUCACAACCCCUGUGGUUUUAAGUAGUGCUCCGAAACUAUACGUCAGUCGACAGUCUGUUAGUGUUCCUGCCGUUCCAGCACCCAUAGAUAUAAACGCCAUACAAUUUGAUGUGACACAAAAAUUAAAGAAAUUGAAAGCUGAAAAAUCUGGACCAAAUCCCAUAGCGGAGGAAGCGAUAAAAGCAGCAAAAGCCUCUUCUGCCCUGCAAUCGUUCCAAGUAACAGAGAAAAAGAAAAAAGAUCGCAAAACUGUACGCAUUGCUGGCGGACAAGUUUGGGAAGACACCUCUUUGGCCGAUUGGCCAGAUGAUGAUUUUCGCAUAUUUUGCGGAGACUUGGGUAAUGAUGUCAAUGAUGAAGUACUCACCCGGACAUUUAAUAAAUAUCCCUCAUUUCAAAGGGCCCGAGUGAUACGCGAUAAGCGUACCGGUAAAAGUAAAGGUUUUGGCUUUGUAAGCUUUCGCGAGCCUCAAGAUUUUAUAAGGGCCAUGAAAGAAAUGGAUGGUCGUUAUGUUGGCAGCCGUCCCAUUAAAUUGCGCAAAAGUACUUGGAAACAGCGAAGUUUGGAUGUGGUUAAAAAGAAAGAAAAGGAGAAACAAAUGUUGCUACAGGCUAUGAUGAAUGGUUGAAGAGGCACUCGCAAAAGCCUGUAGAAAUACCCUUUUGAUAAAUGCGAUUGAAUGAAAAUUCAAUGAACUAUUCAGGUCUGAUUUUCUGGCUUAUGUUGAUUUUCAAAGCAAAAAAUUGUAUUUUAGGAUAAAUAAAUAAAAAAAAAGUUUUGAAACUAAA